ACAUUGAAUUUAUGAAAUCUACCCUGUCAUUCCAUUCUGCUUCAAAAUGGCGAUGCAUGUACCGAAAGCGCCGGGUUUUUCCCAAAUGCUAAAAGAUGGUGCCCGUCACUAUAACGGUUUGGAAGAAGCUGUCUACAGAAAUAUUGAUGCCUGUAAAGAGUUGGCACAAACUACUCGUUCAGCCUUUGGUCCUAAUGGGCAAAAUAAAAUGGUGAUUAAUCACAUCGAAAAACUCUUCGUUACUAAUGACGCGGCCACUAUUUUGAGAGAGUUGGAAGUUCAACACCCUGCUGCCAAAAUGCUUGUUUUGGCUUCUCAACAACAAGAACAAGAGUGUGGUGAUGGAACAAAUUUCAUUCUAAUUUUUGCAGGAGCUCUUCUAGAGGGAGCAGAAGAACUUUUAAGGAUGGGCUUGGCCGUUACGGAAGUUAUCCGUGGCUUCGAUUUGGGUCUGAAAAAAGCUCACGAACUAUUACCCUCCCUAGUUUGUGGCAAAGUAGAAGAUCUCCAUAAUAAAGCUGAAGUCUUGAAAGCCGUUAGAAGUGCUCUCAUGAGCAAACAAUACGGAAAUGAAGAUUUUCUUGCUGGCUUGAUCACCGACGCUUCUCUAAGUAUAAUUUACGAAAAACAAAGAUUUAAUGUUGACAACGUGCGUGUUUGUAAAAUCGUUGGAGGUGGUUUAUAUUCAUCAAAAGUUGUCCGUGGUAUGGUAUUCAAAAGAGGAGUCGAGGGUAGCAUAACCAAAGCCGAAAAAUGCAGAGUGGUUGUCUAUUCUUGUCCUUUGGACAUUAUGCAAACUGAAACUAAGGGAACGGUUUUGAUUAAAACAGCAAAGGAACUUUUAAAUUUCAGUGCAGGAGAAGAAAAUGUUGUCGAAGCUCAGAUAAAGGCUAUCGCUGCUACUGGAGUUAAAGUUGUCGUAACAGGAGGAAAAGUUGGAGAUUUAGCUUUACAUUAUGCUAAUAAAUAUGGCCUACUGGUCGUACGUCUCUUGUCUAAAUUUGAUGUGAGAAGGUUGUGUAGAGCUUUGGGAGCCACACCUCUACCAAGAAUUGGUGCUCCUUCUGCUGAAGAAUGCGGCCACUGCGAUAUCGUUCGAGUUGACGAAAUUGGUGACACCCCUGUUGUUGUAUUUGAGCAAGAGAAGGAAGAGAGCGCUGUCUCAACGAUAUUACUUCGCGGUGCUACUGAUAAUAUUUUGGAUGAUCUAGAAAGAGCCGUUGACGAUGGCGUUAAUACUAUCAAAGCCCUCACUAAAGACAACCAACUUGUUGCCGGAGCUGGCGCCACAGAAAUAGAGUUAGCAAGACAAAUGGCUGAAUAUGCCGAUACCUGCUCAGGUUUAGAACAAUACGCUUUACACAAGUUCGCAUCCGCAUUGGAAAUAGUUCCAAGAGCUCUCGCCGAUAAUUCUGGAGUGAAAUCCACCGAAGUCAUCUCGAAAAUGUAUGCUGAACAUCAAGCCGGAGAAAAAUAUGCUGGCUUUGAUAUCGAAAGUAAUCAAGCAUCGACAUGCAAUGUGGUUGAGAAAGGUAUUAUGGAUCUUUUCAUCACCAAAUACUGGGGUAUUAAAUUCGCUACAUCUGCUUGCAAUACUAUUCUCAAUGUUGAUCAGAUCAUUAUGGCUAAGCAAGCUGGGGGUCCUAAACCACCACCUGAGAAAAAAGAUUGGGACGAAGAUUAA